AUGGGUCAUGCUUUAUUCCUUCGUCCUUUUGAUGCUAUACAAGGUCAUGACAAUUACUUCGUCCAACGAAGGGAUGGAAUAGGUAAACUUGGGCUAUCGGGUUUGCAAAAAGUAACAGCUGUAUUUCGAAUGUUGGCAUAUGGUGUACAGGAAGAUGCCACUGAUGAAUACAUCAAAAUAGGAGAAUCUACUACUUUAGAAAGUUUGAAGCGAUUUUAUCAUCUUGUUGUCGAUAUUGUAUGCAUUGGAAAUGGAAAAAUUUCCCAACAGCUUGGGGAGGACAAUAAGCCGGCAUCCCAUCUUUUUGCUAAUCUUGCUGACGGUAAAGCUCCACCCGCUAAUUAUUUGAUUAAAGGAAAAGAGUAUAAUAUGAGUUAUUAUUUAGCUGAUGGUAUGUAUCCAAAAUGGUCCACUCUUGUUCAAAGUAUUCAUGUUCCACACACUCCCAAAAGUAAUUUUCUUCCAAUGAAACAAGAAAUAUUUAGAAAAGAUGUAGAACGUGCAUUUGUAGUAUUGCAGUCUAUAUUUGCAAUUGUGGCAGGACCAAAAUGCCUUUGGAAUAAGAAAGUAUUACAUGAUAUAAUAACUCCGUAUAUUAUUAUGCAUAAUAUGAUAGCAGAAGAGGAAUGUGAUGUUAAUGCAUCAAUUGAAGAGCGAGUCGAAGUACCAAGUCCAAAAGUUGAGAUGGUGGGCGAUGAUAAUGCUCGGUUUCAAGAAUUCCUUGCUAGACAUAGAAAAAUCAAGGAUAAGUAA